GAAUCAAGGAUUGCUAUUGUUAUUACGAAAACAUCCAAUACUCAAAUGUGACUGAAAAAUUUUUGGUAGACAUUUACAGCCCCUGCCCUAUUUUUGUUUUUUGUAAAGUGGAGAUUUAGUUUUUAUAAUUUUUGCCCCACAAUCAGUUAGACCAUUUAGAAUGUCCACAACCCUUAUUAUUUAUAAAGAUGGUUCGGUAUUCGACAGCAUUAUCGCACAUAAUUUUGGCGGGCACUGCCUUCUAUUGCCUAAAAUUCACGAAUAAAAGUAACCUCCAAUUUGCUCGUUUAUCUUUUGGAAUUCUUGGAGUAAAUUCGGUAUUAGGCGUUUGGAGAUGGGGCAAUCCUUCCUAUGGGCAUAAAAUAGAAAAAUUGUAUAGAUUGACUUCAAUUUUACAAGACUUAUUGGCUCUUCCAUUGAUUGUUACAAAUAUAUGGUUAAACUACCAUUAUUCAUUGGAGCUCGCCUACGCGCAUACUUUGGUUGCAUUAUUCCCGCUGCUGGCAUAUUUAUACAACACACGCAACAUCGAUGUAGUUGAUGGGUUUCUGGCAGCAAACUGCAUCUCCCUUGGACUGAUAUCCUUAACGAAUCAAAACCAUUAUGGUCUAACAACUAUGGUUUCAUUUACACUGAAUUACUUUUUCAUUAAACGUGAUGUGAUGGGAUACCUUCCGGGGUCAUACUAUGACGUACCAACUCAGGAUUUAUACAACUAUUCCAUGUGCUUUUUUGCAUAUUUUGCUUUAAAAGCAGUCUCAGAUUGCAUUUAAUACUUUCUUUUAAUAAAUGGCUAUAUUUUUCGAAUAACUUGGGUUUAGCAGGCAUAUCAUUGUUGUAUUGUCUAUUUUUAUAUUAAAAGUUUGAAUAUGAAUGUAUAUUUUAUGUAUAUUGUUCAUUGUUUAAUAUAUUAACU